AUGGGAUGUACAGUCGGUGAGGUGUGGGGCCGCAGGUUCUCGGAAGCCGUGAGCUUGAUGCUGCUACAGGGCGAGGGCCGGGGGCCUGCCAUGGAGGAGGAGUGCUCAGCUCGGCCCUGUGCCACAGACUUCUCCAUCGCCGCGAUCAUGGCCAGGGACCGCCAGGAGCGCAGAGAGCGUCGCAGACACAGAGACCCCAGAGAAGACACGCUUACACCAUUAGAAAAGUUUGUGGAUGCCACGGCAUCAGCUUCGGGGUCCCCAUCGCCACCAUUAGCCGAGUACGAGCGCGACUCUCCUGUGGAUGUCUCCUCUACAUCAGAGGCUGGCUCGGCGAGCGGCGCACCGAGCGGCUCGCGAGCUCUAUCCCCUCCUCCACGAAAUCCCCAACUGAUAGAACGUUGGUCCAGUGAGGAUAUGCGGCAUAUACAGUGCCAUCUCGAGACUAAGGAACUAUGGGAUAAAUUUAAUGAACUAGGAACAGAAAUGAUUAUCACGAAAACUGGAAGACGCAUGUUCCCGACGGUGCGCGUAUCAUUCGCUGGGUGCCGGGCGGAGGCGCGCUACGCGGUACUUCUAGACGUGGUUCCGGUGGACGGCAAGCGUUAUCGCUACGCUUACCAUCGCUCAUCGUGGCUGGUAGCGGGCAAGGCGGACCCUCCCGCGCCUGCUCGACUAUAUCCACACCCAGACUCUCCUUUCUCCGGUGACCAGCUUCGCAAACAAGUCGUAUCCUUCGAAAAAGUUAAGCUUACCAACAACGAGAUGGAUAAAAAUGGACAGUUGGUGUUAAACUCAAUGCACAAAUAUCAGCCUCGUAUCCACUUAGUAUUGCGACGGGACGGUGCUAUAAACGCCCCCAUAACCGAUCUGGAACAAGAAGAGUUCAAGACGUUCAUAUUCCCUGAAUGUGUGUUCACUGCAGUUACAGCUUACCAGAACCAGCUUAUCACCAAACUCAAAAUCGACAGUAAUCCGUUUGCUAAAGGAUUUCGAGAUUCUUCACGUCUCACUGAGUUCGAAAGAUUCUAUAUCACGGGGGAGCACGAAAGAACAAUCUUCCCUGAUGACGCGCGCUUCAGUACCGCCAAUUCUAGGGAAACAAUGGAGUCGAUGCUCGCGGAGCAACAUUACUUGAGAUCUCCCCUGCGGCCAUUCGACUUAGAUCAGCACAAUAAUAACUUGACUCUAGAAGAGAAAGCGAUAUUGGCCGCUCGAUCACAGCUAUUUCUACGCGCUGCAUAUCCAUUAUACGGGGUUCCGGCAGCGGCUUUAUGGGGCCAGUGGGCGUGCUUAGCACCGCAACUGCUAGCGCAACAGCAUUUGGCAUCGGGAUCAGGGCUGCAGCUACCACGACCAGUGUAUCCAGGAGGAGUCCCACUUUCCCAGCACAGGUUCUCGCCGUACCCGCGGCGCGCCAGCCCAGGGUCUUCCCCAGACUCGCUGCGGGACGCGAGUCCUCACUCGCUGCCUCCCCCGCACCCCCCGCACACACCACACACCCCCCACCCGCCGAGCCCCACU